UCUCUACAGAAAAUUUUCUUUCUACUUUAUUACUUGCGCCUCUUGUUUUUUCUAGCUAUCCCGGUAUUAUUGUUGUUGUCUUUACAAUACCUGUUUUUUCAUUACGGACUAUUUUCAUAUAAAUAUCAUCCUCACCACCCACCUUUUCCCAACUUUUCAAAAGGCUUCCUUACCAUUCAUGCUUCGGCCUACCCUCCCACUUUCUAACAAACUUCGCUUCGGCUCAAUUCUUUCAAACAACAGGAUGAUGGCUAAUCAGGUUCAAGAGAACAACUCGUCAAUCAACGGCGUGAUCCAGAACAACAAAGACUGGGCGUUGGAGAUGCAAGUCAAGAACCCCGAGUUCUUUGUUGAGCUGGCCAAGGGACAGUCGCCCAAGCUCCUCUGGGUCGGUUGCUCGGACUCCCGCAUGGCUGUCGAUGUCAUGACGCAGACCAACCCCGGCGACAUCUUCAUUCACCGUAACAUUGCCAACCGCGUCCCCAGCGAGGACCUCAACGUCCUCAGUGUUAUCGAGUACGCUGUCAAGCACCUCAAGGUUGAGCACGUCAUUAUUGCCGGCCACACCGGCUGCGGUGGUAUCAAGGCCGCUAUGUCCAGCGAUUCCGUCGGUAUUCUGGAUCACUGGCUGCGCCCCGUCAAGGACUUGUACCUCGCUAACCAGGAGGAGAUCGACCGUUUGCCCAAGGCUGACCGCGUGGACAGACUGGGUGAGCUGAAUGUUAUCCAGGGUGUCAGCACUAUCUCGAAGCUGCCUGUCGUGCAUGAUGCUUGGAAUGAGGGUCGCGAGCUGUACAUCCACGGGUGGAUGCUGCAGUUGAACACCGGCCUGCUUAAGGAUCUCGACAUCUCGGUGACUGGCCCCAAGCAGGUCCCCAGCAUCUUCAAGCUGAACGCUGCCGAGCACUAAAGCAAUAAGGGGGGAAUUAUUUUUUGUUUAUUCCAUGUCUAUUGGCCUCUUUUUCUCUCCUUAGUUUUUACCUUCUUUCCUCUGCAUUGCCUGUCUUUUUCUUGUCCUCUUGUCCGGGUUUAAUAUAAUUUUACGAUCUUAUCAUUAUCUCAUUCGUUAUCUUGGCAAGAUAAAGCUGUGUGAGCGUUUCAUUUUUUG